AUGGCUUUCAUGGAGACUUUGUUAUCUCUAAUCUAUUUCCUCUCAAGUGCAUUGCUAUUACAUGCCGUUGCUGUUCACGAAGGUCCUAAGUCCAUCACUCUAAGCCUCAUUCAUCCAUUUUCCAUCCACUCACCGUUCUAUUCCGGGAAGAACGUAACAUAUGUGGAAAAGAUUAAUCUACUUAUUCAAGCCACAGAAGCUCGUAUGCAUUAUCUAUUCCCAACCACAACAAUGAUUCAAGGAAAGUAUUGGAAUAGUAGCAGUGAGGUGAAUGACAUAAUGACAUUUCUGCAAUAUACUGGUGCCUACUAUGUAGCCAAGGUAGGUAUAGGUUCAUUUCCAUAUGGUUCUGGCCUAAAAUGGAAGACUUAUUACUUGAUGAUGGACACUGGAAGUCACAUUACUUGGGUUCAAUGUGAAGGUUGCAAUCCUUGCUUUCCCCUCCUGCGUCCCAAUUUCCCAUACAGAAGUUCUGAGAGUUAUAGGCUUAUUUCUUGUGGUCACCCAGAUUGUCCAACUCCAAGAGAUGAUUGCUAUGGAACAUUUUGUGGAUACAAAAUACGCUACGGCGGUAGCUCUGGACCCUUAACAAAAGGAACCAUAGUAAGAGAGACCUUAACCUUCCUUUCUGAUCAAUCUAGUGGAGAUCCAGAAUCUUGUACCAAUUUUUUCUUGGGUUGUGGCUUACAGAGCUACAACUAUAGGUUUCCAGAACAGAAUGACAUUGCUGGGCUUCUGGGUUUAGGCCGUGGAGGCCGUGGAACUUCUCCUAUAUGGAGCCAAGUAGACAAAAAAAGGUUCUCUUAUUGCUUAUCUACUUCUCAACAGACUACUACAAAGUUAUAUAUUGGAGAAGGUGCAAGGUUGGCAGGACCACAUGUUGUGUCUACACCAUUGCUAAGAGGAUCUAACCCAUCACUUUACUAUGUAGACUUGCAAGAUAUCAGUAUCGGAGGUGUUCGCCUUAGACUAAGAAGAUCACUCUCUGGUGGUUGUGCAAUAGAUACAGGAACUCCUCUUACUACAUUUGUUUCUAAUGUUUAUGGGCAAGUGAGAGAUGGUCUUGUUCGGUACUUUGCGCAGUUUGGUAUUCGACCAUAUCGUAGUGGAAGUAGACCAAGUGAUGUGCUUGAUUUAGAUCUUUGUUUUCCAAGGCCAUCUGGUUUUAAUAGGUUUCCAACUAUGACGUUCCAUUUCAGAGGAGCUGACCUUGUUGUGCAGCCCACAGGUGUGGUUUUACUAGGGGGAAAUUAUAUUUGUGUUGCACUUGUAUCAGGCGCCACUACAAUGAUUGGAGCAUUUCAACAAACACAAUACAGGUUCUCCUUUGAUUUGGAGUUGGGAGAGACAGGAACUCUCCUAUUUAAGACUGAGAAUUGUGGAGCCCCUACUUAA